GGCCUCAGCUCUCGCGAGAGUUCGCGGGGGCGGGGCUUGAGAGCCCGCCUGGCCCGGCCCUCCAUACCUCGCGCUGGUGGUCCGAGCUCGCAAGGCCAGCCGUUUCUGGCCGGGCGCCGCUGCUGCUUCCGCUGCUCCUCGCCGUUGGCUCGCCCGUGCUUUGCCUCCCGGCUGCCGCCGCCUCGCCUGCCCGCCGCGCAGUCUGCCCGUGGCCGACAUGAGCUUCUUGUUUGGCAGUCGCUCUUCUAAAACUUUUAAACCAAAGAAAAAUAUACCAGAGGGUUCUCACCAGUAUGAGCUCUUAAAACAUGCAGAAGCUACCCUUGGCAGUGGCAACCUCAGGAUGGCUGUCAUGCUUCCUGAGGGAGAAGAUCUGAAUGAGUGGGUUGCAGUUAACACUGUGGAUUUCUUCAAUCAGAUCAACAUGCUUUAUGGAACCAUCACAGACUUCUGUACAGAAGAGAGUUGUCCAGUCAUGUCAGCUGGACCAAAAUAUGAAUAUCAUUGGGCAGAUGGAACAAACAUAAAGAAACCUAUUAAGUGUUCUGCACCGAAGUAUAUUGAUUACCUUAUGACUUGGGUCCAGGAUCAGUUGGAUGAUGAGACAUUAUUUCCAUCAAAAAUUGGUGUUCCAUUCCCAAAGAACUUCAUGUCUGUGGCAAAAACUAUACUCAAACGUCUGUUUAGGGUUUAUGCUCACAUUUAUCAUCAACAUUUUGACCCUGUGAUCCAGCUUCAGGAGGAAGCACAUCUCAAUACAUCUUUCAAGCACUUUAUAUUUUUUGUCCAGGAGUUCAACCUUAUUGAUAGAAGGGAACUUGCACCACUCCAAGAACUGAUUGAAAAGCUCACCUCAAAGGAUAGAUAAAAGCAUGCAGAGCUAUGCAAACUGUUCCUCAAAUGAAGCUGUGUGGAGUGUGUUUGGGGUGUUUGUCAUAUUUUAUCUGGAUUUUGUCUUGGGUCUGGGUGGCUUGUUGGGUUCUCUUUUCUUUGUUCUGAAUAUCUUAAAACAUACUCUAUUGGUAGAGGAAGCCAAGAACCAUUCUCUCCAUUUGAAAGGAGUAAGUUUUUGUCUUAGUGGCUUACAGUAUUUUUUUUAAACAUGACUUUGGAUUUUUUUUUGGUACCAGGGAUUGAACUUGGGACCUUGCGCUUGUGAGGCAGGCAGCAGAACCACUGAGCUAAAUCCCUGGCCCAAGGAGUUUUAAUAAUACUGUGUGCUGGAAGAAAAUGCUGAUGGAUGGGAUUCUGUGUUGUAUAAAUCUUGGCACAUUGUGAAGUCCCCAAGAGACUUGUUUUUAAGUGCCUUGGCAGGCUCACUUCUGAGAUGCAAAGCACAGACAAAACUGAACAGGGCUUGAAACAAUAUUAAGAUUACUAUCCAGGGCACUUACUGGUGCAUACUGUAAAAUAAUCUAUGAUAAAAAGCCAUAGUUUACCUAAAUUGGUGUUCUCCAGCUUUUACUACAUUGAAGAAACAUUUGUAAAGGUAUGCAUAAAACAAAAAAAUUAGUAUUUCUUAAUUAUUUUUGAUAUUGACAGUAAUAUAUUCUAUUCAACAAAUGCUUAAAAUACUAUAUUCAGGUCUUUUUCCAUUCUUAAUAUCUGUGAUAUUGAAACUUGAGGAUGUUAAAAUGUAAUAUCUAUUGCAUUUUGGCUUCUUUCUGCAUGUUAACUGCACUGUGGGUACUAAACUUCAGGUUAUGUACAGGAUUGCCAUCUUCAGAGGUGAUUCUCAACUGUAAGGCUUCUUAGCAGUUUCCAAAUGAGCCAUAAGUCUGCAGAAUAACCACUUACUUUGAAGAGUAGGGGGUAGAAGAGUGUUUUUGGCUAGGGAAGGGGAUUAGUUUGUAUGGGGAGUUAGGGAUGGAAUUAAAUAUGUGGAAUUAAGUUCUAGAAAGUUUUGUCUUAAAACUCUUGAAUAGAAUGAUGUUAAGAUUUUAAUCAGUUACUUUCUUUUAGGAAUCAACUUCCAUGAGAAGUUAAAAAUACAUUAUUGAUUUUAGGGAAAGACAUUAAGCAUGGAUUUAAGGACUGUUUGAGAAAACUGAUCACUUUUUCAGCAUUUCCAUUCAGUGAAUGGAUCUGGUAUUUCCUGUCAUUUUGAAAUGAUAUAUAGUACCUUCUUUGCAUAUUAUAGGCCCAGUUUGAAGCAUUUUGACUUCUGAUUUUUCUAUUGUGAAAUGAAUCUUUUUCUUUGCACUGAUAUCAAACAAUGCAAAUGCUAAUUCAGUAGUUAAAAUUUUAGUUGCCAGGACUUCCUACUGGAUUAGUACUACCAAUAAGAAGUUCAGAAACUUAGUUUUAAAAAUAAAUAGUAAUUUUUUCACUUCAGUUUUGUUCUUGAGAAAUACCCUUUCAGAUUUCCAGUUUUAGUUUUAUCAUUUUUGGUAAAUUUGCUUUCUUCAGUUAGAAAUAUGUACCAUUCCUCCAGUUAGAAACAUGCUUGUAGAACAGAAGUCCUUGCUCUGAAUAGAUUAAAAAUGCUAGAAAAGAAGGUAAGUUUGUUUUUGUCAAUAAGUAGAGCAGUGAGUGAUACAGUUUAACACUUUUACAAUUUGGAUCACUAGGAACUGCCUUUUUCUCCAUUUCAUUUCUAGCAGUUAAUGUACUAAGUAUCAACAGUAGAAGUAACAGGAGGGCCUAACAGAAGCAAAUGUUUACUAGUAAUGUUUAAUUAUACGUGGCAACAAAAGCUAGCUGAUUUUCUUAGAACAAACCUUUUAGAACACAGAAUAGAUAAUAGUAACCACUGUGGGCUGGUUCAGACAUUUGAUAUCAUGAUUUUUGAGUCCUAUCUAUAUAAGGGAAAUGAAACACAAUUCCUCAACUAGUCUUCCAUAUCAAAUGGUUUCCUGUCAGUCUAGUAACAAAAGGAUUGCAGUAGCCAAAUAUAGAGAGAAUAAGAAAAUUGUUUUUGUUCAUUUAACCCUUAUAUAGUAGUACACUGUAGAAAUGGGAAAAUAUUUCCACAAAUUAAUAUUUGGUAGUAGGAUUUACUUUCCCGCUGUAUGUGGACAGGAAUUUGCUUUUACUUUGCCAGAAUCUCAGGUGCCUGUUUCUGAGUAUUCAUUUAUUCAGUUAUUGAGAAGCAAGGAUAUAUAUAUAUACACAUAUACAUACAUACACACAUACACACACAUAUAUGGAUAUAUAUAUAUAUGUAUGUAUAUAUGUAUGUGUUUAUAUGUGGUAACAAAGAGUAGGGAGAUGCCUGGCAUCGUACAUGGUGUUAGGUUGUUGCAAGAAAGGAAACUCUCACCAGAGCAGAGGAGAAGAACUGACUUAAUAAAGUUGCUUUGCUUUGGUUGGUUCCUACAUGUAAGAGGAAGAUGCCCUUUACAAAAUAAGGAUCAAAGCUAGACUUUAGUGCAGAGCUUGCUUAUAAAUGUCUAUUUAGAUUCUUUUCAGAUCUUUAAUUUAUAACCAAAUUAUUUUCCCCCUUUUCUUUAUACAGAGUUGUAAAGCAGAAGUUUUCUCAUCCUUUUUUGAUUACAGCAUCCCGUGAAAUGUAAAGUAGUAAUUUAACAAGGUAUUAUUAGCACUCAUAGCAACUUGCUUAAAUGUUGAAUUGAUGGAAGUUUGAGAAAUUACUUUAAAUGAUGGACUAGUGGUGGUGGAGAAAAAUUAAUACCAGAAAGAGUGAGAUUUUUAAAAUCAGCAGUAGAUGGUGCUACUGGCUUUCAUUUGCCGACUUCCAUUUCCUAUAAAAACCAUGGCAGUAGACCAACACUGAAACAAUUAAGCACGUAUUAGUUAGUUGGUGGCUUUGGAGGAUAAUGUAUCGCACAAUUUACCUCUACUUUCCCUGUUAAUCGUUUGUAAAUUCUAAAUGGUCAGCAUAAAAUGUAUUGGGGUAGAAGAUAUGGUUAGGGUAAAAUAUAUUUCAUACUGUGUUACUGCAUGGCUAAUCAGGAUAGAUGAAGCACUAAAAUCUCUUACCAGGAAAUAGAGAUGAUGUGGGUAUUUAUAUUUUACAUAUGUAAUCUUCAGAUUCCAUUUUAUGUAUUAACAUUUUUCCUGCAUAUGGGAAAAUGACAGAUUUCUUUUAUAGCUUUGUCUACACCCUCUCUGAGAGAGGUUUUGAUAACCACUAAAAUGGUAGACUAUGAGAUGAAUGUAUUUAAGUUGUAGAACUUUAUUUUAAAAUGGGUAUGUCAUACCUUAACAUCCAAAUCAGUUGAUCUUCAGAGUAGUUCCCUUGGAAGGACUACUCAUUACAGCUAUCCUGCAAAUCUUAAUGCUUUUAGAAUUCCUUUAGAGAUGCUAUGAGAAUUAGCUUGUGACUAUGCAAGACAACCACUUCAUCAUUUUAGUUGCACAGAAAAUUUUUUGGCAGCUUAAUACAACCUAUCUUAAUCAUCAAACCCAAUCUAGUAACUUGGUUGUUUUUUGAGAAGCCACUAGGGAAAUUAAAAAGAAUGUCAUAGCCUCUGAAUCGGUAGAAGAGAAUGUUUUAAGCAUUAUUUGCAUCAUUGGUUUCUUGGUGUCACUAUUUUCGAGUGGACAGUACCAUUUGGAUGUGUAGGCUUUUUAAAAAAUUUUCUUUUAACUGUCUUACAGUUAAACUUUUUUUUAAAAUCCUAAUUUUUUCUCUAGAACUUGUUUUCUAGUUUUUAAUCCUCUUUCCUGAAAACUUUUGAAUUCUACCUGUGACUACUGUAUGAUAGUUUUGAGUUGGAGAAUAUGGAAAAAUAGACUCAAUAUUUAAAAUAGUUUUAAGGAAACAAAGCUUUUACCUCCAUCCUUUUUUAAAACAUACUUUUUCUCAAAUGAACAAUUUGACUUUAAAGACUGGGGAUUGUUGCACAAGCAAAUUGGGAUAAGUUCUAUGUACUAAUUAUGCUCAGUUUUAAGCCUAGAUACCACAAAAUACUGAGAAUUUUAUAACUAUUUCAUAUAUCACUUAAAACUUUAAAAUUUGUUUUUCAGAAAAAUGUGGGCCAAAAAUUAUUUGUGAAUCGGAAAUAUGUCUGCAUAUUUUGCAGAGUUCUCUUAUUUUGAAACUUACCUGGGAUUUUAAAAAAUAUACCAAUUCCUAUGAACAGAUCUAUACUUUGAGGACCUCUUAAAAUAAUUGAAAUUUCAAGGUUUGUCCUAAUGUUAAGAUUUACUGUAAGAAUGACUUUGGUCCAGCUAUCAUCUUAAUUGUGUUUGAGAUGAUAGAGGUACAGCUGUCUCACGAUUUAAUGGAAAAGUUUAACAUGUAACAAAAUUCUGACUGCAGAUGAUUUGAAAUUUUCAGGAUUUCAUAAUAAUAAGCAUUCUGAAAGUGUUAAAAUGCCCUCCCAGUCUGCCACUUUAAGUUAAUUUAUUUUUGCAAAAGAUAAAAUACAGAUUAGAAUUUUGGGUGCUCUGUGUUUUAUAAUUGUAAAGCAAGUUUCUCUUUUUGCAUAUAUUUCUAUUCUGAACAGUAGUAAAAUCAUUGACCUUUUCCAGCUGUGUUUUCUUAUUCAUCUCCCUUUGAGGGACUAAUGUGUGCGUGCACAUACACGUGCACACACAUGGAAAUAAACCAUUUAGGUUGAUAUGGUAGGUUUUCAUUGUUAGUGAUUUUGAAGUACUUAUUGUCACAUCAGUUUUUAUGGUUGAUAACUUUCUUUAAAUGUGUUACCGAAACUGAGCUUAUUAGUGAUAUAAUAAACUUUCAUAUACCAUACAUGGAUGAUUCUUAAAGUUUUGCACAAGUUUAGUUUUUAUUUAUUUCUGAAACACUUAGUUGUGCAUGUUUAGAAUAGAUCAGUGCGUUUUCAUGAGAGAACUUUUCUCCUUUAAUUGGUCUGCAGAAAUGACUGUUUAUGGGAAAACAGCUUUUUACACCCACUAAAUUGUAUUUGUUAUUUUUGUACAUGCAUAACCAGGGUGGUAAGGACACUAACCUUUUAAGAAAUACUUUGUUCUAUUUGAAUUUUUCCUAUACUUUCGUUACUUAAAAUCACCACUAGAAGCAGUGUCAUGAAAUCUAGGUUGAGAGAGAAUACACUAAAUAUGAGAACACUUACAUUUUAAAUAGGAAUCAUUUCUGAAGAGAAAAGAAGAGGCAUAAUGCUGCUGUCAAGUGUUAGUAGCAUGGGACAGCAUUUACAUUGUGCAGGUAUUUAAGAGAGUGCACAAAGAUAAAGAUCCUGCUGUCCCAGAGAUUAAUAGCUGGAAGCUGGAUAUGGUGGUGCCUGCCUGUAAUUAUAGGUACUAAGGAGGCCGAGGCAGGAGGAUUCUAAGUUUGAGUCCAGCUUGCACAAUUUAGUGAGACACUGUCAAAUAAAAAAUAAAAAGGGGUGCGGCUGUAGCUUAGUGGUAGAAUACUUGUCUUGUACGCAAGAUUCCUGGGUUCAAUCCCCAAUACCACCAGGAGAAAAAGUACAUAGCUGGAAGGGGAGAAAUAGUCUAAAAUAUGAAAUGCAACAUGGUUGCUCUAUUUUAAGCUGUGCCAAGAUUACAUAAAUUGUAGUUACUGAUCAAAGUUUGUCAUCAUUUUUAUUUUAAAGGGGGAUCUGAAUAUCGUAUCUGUAAUAUGUUUUAUUUGAAAGUUGUAAAUACUGUAUACAGACUUGGGAUGGGAAGUAUUUAAAUUCUAGAUUUUUUAAAAGGAAGAAACAAUGUUUAUAAGAAAAAAAUCAAUAAAGUUAUGUUUGGUCAUGAA